GUCAAUGUUGCGCACAGCGAAGGCAACAGAACCCAAAAAAAAAAAUACUAAGCUUUCUUGUACCUCUCUCUCUCUCGGAGAGAGAUUUCGUUCGAUUUCCUGUGUUACUUCUCGCGUUUUCUCGGGAAAUCGCGGCAAACCGGAAAAUUUUAGCUGAUUUACUCACCCUUUUUGUCUUUUGUUCAUCUGUCUUCUCAUUGACAAGUGCCUCUCCGAAGAAACGAAAACCCUAGAGACGAGGGCUUCGAUUACAGUCCUGGGUUUUCUUUGCGUAUUUCAUUUUCUCGUAUUUUCCAGUUGAGCAUGGAGAGAUCCGAUUCCUGGGAUUUCAACAACUUCGCUCGGGCUUCCUCAGAUACUGCACUCUUUGAUGCAUCCCAAUACGAGUUUUUUGGUCAAAAUGUUCUGGAGGAAGUGGAACUGGGCGGUCUUGAGGAUGAAGUGGAGACCACUCCUGUUCCAGGAUAUGCUGAUGAUGAUGAGUAUCACUUGUUUGAUAAAGGAGAGGGUGCAGGUUUAGGAUCUUUGUCUGACAUGGACGAUCUCGCGACAACUUUUGCAAAGUUGAACAGAGUCGUUACUGGACCCAAACAUCCUGGAGUUAUCGGCGAUAGAGGAUCAGGGUCCUUUUCAAGGGAAAGUUCAUCUGCUACAGAUUGGACUCAAGAUGCAGAGCUUUCAAGCUGGUUGGAUCAGCAUAUGCUAGACGAACAAGCUCAGGAGGCUAAGAGAUGGUCCUCACAGCCACAAUCAUCUGCCCAUUCGAAUUCUUUGUACAGGACAUCCUCCUAUCCUCAGCAGCAACCACAACUGCAUCACUACAACAGCGAACCCAUUAUUGUACCUGAAUCAGCUUUCACAUCUUUUCCUCCGCCUGGAAUCCGAUCUCAGCAGGCUUCACCUAACCAUCUGCAUCGUGCUCCUUCUCUUCCCGGUGGAAGCCAAUUGACCUUAUCUGCCCCAAAUGUUUCUCCACUGUCAAAUUCUAAUCUCCAUAUGACGGGAUUGUCACAUGCAUCCCAUUAUGGUGGUAAUUUGGCAAGAUUUGCCUCUGGUGGACCUACAUUUGGUAACAUGGGGCAACCUCAUUGGUUCAGUGACUCUGGCCUCCUACAUGGGGAUCAUUCUGGACUAUUACAUAGUCUGGUGCAACAACAGCAACCUCAAUUGCCCCCUCGCAAUGGUCUUCUGUCCUCGCAUUUGAUUUCCCUUCAGCAAAGGCAAUCUCUAGCCCAUCUUGCCGCCUUACAAUCCCAGCUGUAUAAUUCUUAUCCUUCGCCAUCACAUAAAGGACUGUUUGGGGCUGGCGAAGUUAGGGAGCGUAAACAUAGGCCAUCUCAUAGAAGCCGAAAGAACAGAGGCAUCUCCCAAACGGCGUCAGAUAUAUCUAGUCAGAAAAGUGAGGGCGGAUUGCAAUUUAGAUCAAAGUACAUGACUUCAGAAGAAAUAGAGAGUAUUCUCAAAAUGCAGCAUUCCAAUUCACACAGCAAUGACCCAUAUGUCAAUGAUUAUUACCACCAAGCUCGUCUUGCUAAGAAGUCUGUUGGAUCAAGAGCAAAACCUCAGUUCUACCCUUCUCACCUGAAGGAACACCAAUCUCGCUCCCGUAAUAGUACUGAACAGCAUCCGCAAGUUCACAUUGAUGCUCUUGGAAAGAUUACUCUUCCUUCUGUUCGUAAGCUACGAGCCCUCAUUGAGGACUCUCCUCCUGGAUCUAGUGAUGGAAGCGCGGAUCAUAAGGGCUCUGAAAAGCAUUUGGAGCAGGAACCUCUGGUCGCUGCUAGGGUUACUAUUGAAGACUCUCUUGGAGUUCUUAUUGAGAUAGAUGACAUCGAUAGGAUUUUGCAGUUCAACCGGCCCCAGGACGGAGGCACUCAGCUCAGGAGAAAGCGGCAGAUCCUGCUGGAGGGAUUAGCCACAUCACUUCAACUUGUUGAUCCGUUCAGCAGAACUGGUCAGAAAGCUGGGUUGACUGCAAAGGAUGAUAUCGUUUUUCUACGCAUUGCGUCUCUUGCCAAGGGUCGAAAGAUGCUUACAAAGUAUUUACAGCUUCUUGUCCCAGGUAGUGAGGUUGCCCGGAUUGUUUGCAUGGCUGUUUUCCGCCACUUGAGAUUUCUAUUUGGUGGCCUUCCCUCUGACACAGCAUCAGCAGAGACAAUUGCAAAUCUUGCCAAGGCAGUCACAGUUUGUGUUCAAGCCAUGGACCUCCGAGCACUGAGUGCUUGUCUUGCAGCAGUUGUGUGUUCUUCAGAGCAGCCACCUCUUCGUCCCAUUGGAAGCCCUGUGGGAGAUGGUGCUUCUCUCGUCUUGAUAUCUCUUUUUGAGAGGGCUGCCGAAGUACAGGUUCCUCAUGUCAACCAUGGGAAUCAUAACGACGGUCUGUGGAGAGCCUCAUUUGAUGAAUUUUUUACACUUCUCACAAAGUACUGCAGGAGUAAGUACGAGACAAUCCGCUGUCAGAACCAGGGGAAUGCAGAUGUUAUGGAGCUAGCCAUAAAGAAGGAGAUGCCUGCAGAGCUUUUACGGGCAAGUCUCCGUCAUACCAGUGAAGAGCAGAGGAACUCUUUGCUAAGCUUUGGUCGUAAACCAUCGCCCAUCGGCGAGUCCACGUCCCAUGGAAGGGGCAGUCAGAUCAACUCUGAAUCUGUGAGGGGUUAAACAAGAAGAAACAAACAGUUUGCAUCUAUGCUCACUUCCCGUUUUCUGGGUAAACAUUCUGGGGAGGUGGAGAUGGGCAGUGGACUCGGGGGACAAACUGUGUGAAUACAGUACCUGCUGUGGGUAUCUUUCAAAGGGAGAAUACAGGUGAUAAUGUUUUUAGAUUCUGCUUUGUUUUUUCUCUUUUCACUUGGUUUCUCUUCUUCUUCUUUUUCGUUUCUUGGCGACUGGACCAAUGCUGCUGGUUUGAUUGUGUAUUUAUGAUGAUGAUGGGGAAAGAUCUGAAAGUGGGGAGUUGGUUGGUUACUGGAAGCAGUGGGCUUCCGGGGAGCAGUAUUUUGGGUGCUCUGUGUUGAAAACUCCUUAGAGAGAGAAGUAGGACUCUUUAGGCUUUAGGAGUUUGGGAAAGGUUAGUGCUUUGUACAGAAUGUUGAUGCUGAUGAUGCUGGUGAUGACCCUUUCAUGGAAUCUCCCGGGACUGAAAUUCUCAUGCUCUCUCUCUCUCUCUCUCUCUCUCUCUAGUAGUGACUGAAACAGCAAUGUUCCCGGAGAGAGAAAGUGUAUCUUUGACAUGGCCAUGAAAAAUACAGAAGAACGGGCGGUGGAGGCUGAACUUCUGCAACUGUCUCCGGUAGCUGACAGGUUGGGUUUGAGGGAGGUGGAUUUUUAUGUUUUUUUUUUAUGUUUCACCUUCAUCUUCAUGUCUGAAAACUGUGAUGAUAUGGGCAUGUAAUAAUAACUGGAAUGUGCAAAACUCUCUUUGCAGAAGAAACUCUCUCUCUCUCUCUCUCUC